AUGAGUGAAGUUGCGAGUUCAUCGUCUUCUACAUCGAGAUCCUACUCUCAUAAGAGCCCCGAGGCGAGAAGUCGAGAUUUGGUCUUUCCAGCACAUAAACCAAUACCAGAUAGGCCUAUAGGAGUCCCAAGGCAAGGUGGAACGAAAGUACCUGUAAAGAAAAUACCAAUUAGACUUCUAAAAGAUAAACCCGAGGUUCCUGAAAAUUACGAAAAUGACGCGUGGUUGAGGCUUCAAGCGGCUGUUAAAGCUAUACUUUCUCAUCGACCUAUAAACGAAAGCCUCGAAGAACUUUAUAAAGAUUGCAAAAAUCUUUGUUCCCAAAAACAAGCCUCUUUGUUAUAUACCAAGUUAUUUAGUGAAAUAGAGUCACAUGUAACAGAAGAAAGGAAUAAGCUAGUUACGUUAGUAUUGUAA